CAAGCCCCGCAUUCGGAUUGCGGGGGAUCGACCGACGUUUGACUCUCGCUUUCUCUCUUCCUCUUUCUUCCUCUCUCUGUCUCUGUGCCCGUCUGUCUUUUUGUCACUCCAUUUGCCUCUUACUUGCUGUUAGCGAGGCUGGAAGUCGUACCAUAUUCUCAUCCAUCACUCAUACUCCCAACGCCUGUCGUAUAGUCCUCUAGUACCUAGAUAUGGGCGAUUACGGGCCAGACGUGUCCUUGUCCAAGGCACAAAUACCGAACAAUCCUCCUCGGUAUGCCGCGGAGCCUGAUGAGAUAUCGGUCUUGGUUACCGGUUUCGGACCUUUCAAAACCAACCUAGUCAACGCCUCGUACCUAAUCGCAUCAUCCCUGCCACCAUCGUUCGACUUAUCCACAACGGAUGCAACGGGGACUGUCUCUCGGCGGGUUGCAAUCCAUGCCCAUCCCUCACCGAUCCCCGUCGCCUAUUCAACGGUGCGCGAGACCAUCCCGGUUAUACUCGAAGAUUACGCCAAGAGCCACGGGGGCCGUCGGCCAGACAUCGUGAUGCAUAUGGGUAUAGCGGCCAUGAGGAACUUCUACUCAAUCGAGACGCAGGCCCGCCGGGAUGCCUACCACAUGUCCGAUAUCAAAGGCAAAGGCGGCUACGAGGACGGCGAAAAGCUGUGGCGUGAAUUAGGCUUACCUGCGGUGCUGCAAGCUGGACCUGCAACGGACCUCAACCUGACUCCGGCAGAAUCAAUACUACCAUCGCCAACGGGGGAUCACCUCCAGGUACAACAUCCUUCCUUGACCCCUCGCCCGCCUAAUGACGAUCUUCUCGGGUUAUGGAAAUCCUUCGUUCCUGCGGGAACCGACGUUCGCAUAUCAGAUGACGCGGGACGUUACCUGUGCGAAUUCAUCUACUAUACCAGCUUGUCCCAUGCUUUUCGGGAAGGGCAGGAUCGCAAUGUCGUGUUUUUUCACGUCCCUGCGGCUUGCGGUGAUGACGCCAUUCGAGAAGGCAAGGAGGCGGCAAUUGCCCUGAUCAAGGGGUUGGUUAUGCAUUGGACUGAGGGGAAGACUGAAUGAAGCAUGGAGGAUUGAGGGCGUUUGGUCUAUUGGGGAGCAACUAGGAAAUUGCAUUCAAGCGUGAUUUCAUGCCUUUGAUAAUUUCUUUUCACUACAGAAUAUCUUCAACAUUAGGUGAAUGGAUUUGAGAGCGCGGAGGAUCAGGACUAGUAUAUCGAAAUUCUCGGAAAGUGUUCCGGGAAAGCAUUGUUAUUGGAAAUGAAUUGAUGAAACAAGCUGAACAGAAGGACAUUCACCACGAUUUAGAAAAACUGCAUACUGAACAGUCUCCUCAAUCCCUUAUCAAUGACUUCAUCAUUCCGCCCCCGAUAACAAGGCGGUCACAUGUGGCAGAAUAGUAAUUAUCUUCUCUCGUCUCUCCGUCUGC